AUGGCUAGCAGCCGCCUCAGCCCACCCCGUCGGCCGUUUCAGCUACCCCCCACGUUGCCCCAGAAAGCCUCAGAUCGCCUGGCCGUGCCCAAAUAUGACGUUUCAGAUCCCCUCCUCGGAAAUUUAUCGCCAGAGUCGACUCUCCAAGCUCUUUCAAACACGGACGCCGUGCCGAAGAACGAAAAGGUUGCGCACGAUAUCCUCUCCAAGAGCAUCUCUCAAGCCUCCCCAACAGAACGGGCUCUCGGUAUACGCGCUGCUGUAGCUGCACAGAAGCUUGGUCAGUGGUAUAGGGAGGUACAGAAGUGGGAAUGGCCGAAACGAGCGGAUGCUCACUUGGGAAAGGGGUUCGUCCCUCCUACCGACGCGGAGAGGUCCGGGUACUAUGGAAGCCUCCCCGCAUCUGUUGUUGAGGAACACGAGAAACGCAUUGAAGAAAUCCGAGACGGAAUGGAGAGCUUGGACGUGGAAGAGUUGAAGGAGCACGUUCUCAACGCACACAUUCCAGGGAGGUCUCGGCCUUCGUCAGCCAACAGCACCAUCUCCGUGCCUCCCCCACUCAGCUAUGUUCAGUUGAGUGACUUUACUGCCGUGAUCACAGCAACUAUUCUUCGAGCCCUGCCGCUUCUAUCAAGAUUGAACAAUUUGCUCUCGACAUGGGAUGUACGACUGUUGGUUCUUAGGCAAAUACCCGGGCUUCUCCAGAGCUUACAGUUUGCUAGGUCGGAGCUGAACUCUGCUCUGGACCUGUUGACAUCUUCACAACCUCCCACAGAGCAAGAUGUUCUAUAUUCUAUUACUAAUUACCAUGCUAAGCGGGCCACUUUGGAGUCAAAUGUGCUAUCAGCCGGACGAAGGAUGGACCGUAUUCUGGAUUCGCUGGACGGACGCGAGGAUUCUCUCCCUGAGCAUUGGAUCGACGAUCUUGAAUCAACCGAAGCGGAUUUUGCCGCCUGGGUCAUGCAAGCUGAGAAGCGCACUGUUGAGAACGAAUGGCGUCGGCUAUCAGCCCGCUCCAGGGAGAACGACGAACCGCAAGUCGAGGCAGCCAAAUCUGAACUGGACAAAGAGGAAGAUGUCAAGGAUAUUUCCUCUGAAACCGUCAUCCCUCUACCUGCCGAGACACCAUUUGCGCAGCCAGAGGCAAGAGAUACCUCACCGGAGCCUGUAUCACAAACCAGGCCUGUCCCGAUACAAAUAGGACGCUCUCACCCAAUGGAAACCAUUGUCGAAGAGAUCGGAAGCCCGCUUGAACCGGCAGCCCAGCCAGCUGCGGAAAUCGACGAAUUCUGCACUGUGGCGGCUGAAACUGAACAGCUCGAGUCCCACUCGCCAUUGCCAGUCGAUACUGUGGAAACACACGAAGCUCCUACCCCAGUGCCGGCUAUGCAACUUGAUGCAGCUACCGAUGCGGAUCUUCGGGUCAAUGCACAAGAUGUUCCAGUAUCUGCAGCAGAGCAUGUAAUCAGCGCCUUGAAACCUGUUACUACAUCUUCUGUGGAGAACGUGCAUGCAAAAAUAUCCGAAGGUCUACCGCGGGAUAUUGCGACAGUUGCAGCGGUGGAAAAUGAGACCAGCACCCCGCACUCUCAUGUUUCGUCUCCCAUCGUGGAGUCAGGACAUCCGGAGCCGUCUGGAGAUUCACCGCGAGGCAUUAUUCAAAAAGUAGCAGAGAACCACCAGAUUAGCGUUCCGCAGUCACAUAUCGCUCCUCCAGCACAAGAGGCGGCGGUUCUUCCUGACUUACCCAAAGAGGUUCGCUCUGUGACCGCACAGCCUAAUACACCUUUCUCCACGGAUCGGGUUCAACCAGAAUCGUCUGCGAAUACAUCCUCGGGUCCUUUUGACGUUGCAACGGAGAACGAAGAGGUUAGCUUGCCGCAGCCUCAAGUUGAUUCUCUAUCAGAGGAGCUGGUGACACAUCCUGAAUUCCCUGAUGAGGAGACUUCCUCUGAGUUGACUAGGACCCCCGUCAGCCCUGCGAAUAAAAACACGCCUCAGCUUCCGAACAGUAUCAACUCGGAGAACCAUGUGGAGCAUACGGUCUCCGCCAAGGAACCUGUGCAGAUCGAGAAGAUAAAUACCUCGGUAGAAUCUAUGCCUAUUGAUGAGCUCGAGCAGACGCAAAGGCAAUCUGAUAUCGAUUCCGUACGCGUCGUACCUACACAGCAAGCGGAGGACUCAAAUGAUCCUGCUUCCAUACAGCCCUCCCUAUCACAGAAGUCUUCCCUACACGAGCAAGAAGAAUCCAAGUCACUAUCUGCUGAACCUUCUCUCGAGCCUGCUGUGACUAAGGAUAAUGCUUCAUCUUCAGCCAGUAUUGGGCCAUCAGAAGCCAGUCAGGCUCCUGAAAAGGUUGCUGUCAUUGAAGCUGGCCCUCAGCCUCUGACAACUGAAGACCGCAUCCCUCGUGCUGCGCUUGCGACUGCAUCAACAAAGCGUGCUUCUACCCCUGAGCGUUCUUCCAUACCCGAGCGCUGCAUGACUCCACCCAGUAAUGCCGUGGCUUCUCUCCCAAACCUGUUCAAACCAAUUGAUAAUGGCAAGCCACCCGCCGAACAGCCUCAACCCGAGGAGCCAGAGCAAGAAGACAGGAAUACGCCAAAGAAGCCUUUGGAUAGCCCGAUCAAACUAUCCAAGAUGCGUCCCGGCCGUCUGGACCUUGACAAGCACAACUCAAAACCCCGUCGACGAACAUCCAACGGAUCUGACGGUUCUCUUUCUGAUUUCCCGUCAUUGGUCUCUAGUCCAGGAAUUCCAGAACCUCGAACGUCCUCAUCGAAUGGUACGCCGCUUCUUCUUGAGACGCCGCCCAACUUUCCAACAGACUAUCGACCUACCCCUGUCCGCCGCAACGAUCAUACUUUGCGCGAGGACCGCCUCGUUCAUCUAGACGCCCAGAAGCCGUCCCCAAGAGACGUCUUCACGCACAAUCGAGCUCUGAGUCUGCCAUUGCAACGUUUUAUUAAUGAGAGAAUUGAGAUGAACUACGAAUCGGGGUCUAGCGAGGACCCUGUUGAAAACUCGGACUAUACUAAACAACCACCGCUAACCAGGCGUCAGAAGUCCAAAUCGGCGACAACACCAGCCGAUGUUCGACGCCUUGACCAUCCGCACCUUGCAACUACUCGGGAAGAGAGCUCUGGGCCUGACUCCGAUGCUUCCAGCGAGUCGAAGAAAGCGCAUCAUCAUAAGUGGACCCAUGCCUCGCGCCAGCAACCGCCAAACGACUUGACCACGGGACGCUUGAAGAAACGUCUGACCGCUCACCCUAGCCUGGAGAGCAUCGGACCUUAUAAGUCUAACGGAGGAGCUGAGCGAUCCUCGACCAACGUAUUGCGCAGUGGCACGCAGUCGCGACCAUCCUCUCCGACCAAACGAUUUCUUCGACCUAAAGACCAGAUGGAUGAAAAGAUCAAUUCUAUCCUGACCACCCUUCCAGGGCGGAUCCACCUAGUUCAAGCUGACCAAGACGACGAUGCAGUGUCCGUGGCGUCUUCGCUUCCCUUCCGAAGGGAGAGAUUCCGGUCACAUUCGCCUCAAGGAACCCCGACACGAAGCUUCACCCCGACUCCAUCCCUUACUAUGCGGCCCACGAUCAGUCGCAGAAGACACUCACACGCCCCCGAGGAAAGCUCAGUUAAGCUGUACCAUCUCCACCGCGGCGGGAAGUCUGCUCCCACCAAGCUCUUUGUCCGCACUGUUGGCGAGAACGGGGAACGCGUGAUGGUGCGAGUCGGUGGCGGAUGGGCUGACUUGGCUGAAUACUUGCGUGAAUACGCUAUCCACCACGGACGCCGACAUGUGUCAGAGACACCCCGCGUUGAAGUUGAAGGUCUUUCAUCCCGGGAGUCUCCGUCAUACUCGCCACCAGGAAGCCGUGUGCCAUCAGGAAGUGGACGCCAUGUACCUGCUCGACCCCGUUCGGUCCUCAGCAACCGCCCUGCGUCUUCUCUAGCGGUCCGAAAAACCAGACGCUCUUCAAACGUCUCCGACUUUGCCGAUUUCCGUACAUCCAGCGCCGGAGACGCCCUCAACGUGUCCUUCUCUCCCAUGUCGUCCGCCUUCCCAAACAGGCGCCCAUCCGUUUCCUCGAACAUUUCUGCGGGCGCCAUGUCGUCCGUCAGCGAAAUGCGCCAUGGAUCCCCAUCAACUGUCGGUGCUUCACCGGCUAUACCCCUUGGUCUUGCUGGGCCUAAACCCCGCGCAAAACAUGCCACGAUCAGUCCUGAGAGUGAAGCCUGGGUUGAAGAUGUUCUUGGUCAAGCUCGGCGAAGCUCGUCUCUGAGACCGUUCAAACUCGGCAUUCCGCCCCCUGAGGCCGAAUCAGAGGGAAAUACCCCCACGCUACCCAAGUCUCGCAGCAUCAGCGACAUUGGCAAGGCUGGGUCUAGCAAGCGUGUUGCUCUCCGUGGCCUUCGAUGA